GCUCGCCUCCACCCGCUCCGGCCCUGGGAGCGAUAGGGAAGAGGCGGGCCGAGGACAGGGGCGGUACAGCGGGCGCUUUCGGUGGGAUUCUACCAUAUACUUCCCUGUUCUGACCAGCUUCUGAGAGAUUGAAUCUGCCAGGUCCCUCAGCAAGACAGCUUCACAAAGAGAGGCACCUUCAGAACAAAGAUGAACAUUGGGAAAUCUUACAGUACCUUUAACGUCAGCAAUGGAACAGAUCUAGCUAUUGGCUUUACCUCAUCCACAGUAGCUGUCCUUCUAUUUGGGACAAACUUUGUGCCUGUUAAGAAAUUUGAUACUGGGGAUGGCAUGUUCUUCCAGUGGAUUCUCUGUGCCUCUAUAUGGAUAGUUUCUUUGGUGGUCAAUUUAAUCCAGAAUUGUCCACGGUUCUGGCCUCUGGCUAUGGUUGGCGGUUUUGUGUGGGCUACAGGCAAUGUUACAGUUGUCCCUAUUGUUAAAACUAUUGGCUUAGCUCUUGGUCUUUUGAUAUGGGCUUCUUUUAAUUUGCUGACAGGUUGGGCAAGUUCAAGGUUUGGUUGGUUUGGAAUUGACCCAGAAGAAGUAUCAAGACCAAUCUUAAAUUAUAUUGGAGCUGGGCUUUCACUAUUAAGUGCUGUCAUAUUUCUUUUUAUAAAAACUGAAGUCCAGAGUUCUUCGACUUCAUUAGAAAGCACGCCUUUACUGAGAGAAAGUUCCAUUAAUGUUCCUGAAGAUGCCUCUGAUGAUUCGUGGGUGAACAGACUUUCUCCAGCAAAAAAGAGGCUUGUAGGAUGUAGCCUAGCUGUAGUAGCUGGAAUACUAUAUGGUUCCAGUUUUGUACCAGUACUUUACAUCAAGGAUCAUGGAAGAAGAAAUGCAACUGUAUACGCAGGAGCCAGUCAAUUUGAUUUGGAUUAUGUUUUUGCACACUUCAGUGGAAUAUUUCUUACAAGUACUGUCUACUUUUUGAUCUACUGUGCAGUCAGGAAAAAUAAACCUAAUGUUUAUCCCCAAGCCAUUUUGCCAGGGUUUGUCUCUGGUGUGCUUUGGGCAGUAGCCAAUUGCUGCUGGUUCAUAGCCAAUCAUUAUCUCAGUGCUGUGGUCAGUUUUCCAAUAAUUACUGCAGGUCCUGGUCUUGUUGCUUCAAUGUGGGGAGUCCUUGUAUUUAAAGAAAUCAAGGGACUGAAAAACUACAUUUUACUCUCAGUAGCAUUUUGCAUUAUUAUGGCUGGAUCAUUCUCCACAGCUUUUUCUAAAGUUUGAAAGGAUCUUCUGGACCAAUCACAAGAACUUCUAUAUUCCUGCAAUGUACUCCAUGCCAGAAAAUUGCUGAUAAGCAAAGAAUUAACAAAACCAAAAUACAGUGUUCUCAGGCUCCUCUACUUUGCAGGUAGGUUUUAAUAUGGCAGUUCUUAUUCCUAUAUCACCAAUUGCAGUUUGUUAACACUGUGAUCUGUGUAAGAUUGAAGGAACUGUAACUCACUGGUUUGCUAAAAUAAUUACAGUGCAAUGCAGUAUUUAUAAAGAUAGUGUGAUUACAGCACCAGUCCACUUUGAUACACCAGUCAAUUGCUCAGCAAGGAUCAUCUGUUUAGUUUACUAUUGUAUGCAGGUCACCUUCCACAUUUGGUUAAAGUCUGCAAGUACAGUCCACAUUAUUCAACGAGGUAUUCUCUCACUAGUUUAUGGUAAGCAAAUUACUAAUGCCAUCAUGUUGGAAGAUGUGGAGCCAGAACUCUCAGGGAGGAGUACCAUGUCUGCAUGGGCUUGGACAGUGAACUAGCCUAUUCACACUACCAGGGUAGAAAGCUAACUUCUAAGGAGCACCACAGAUCUCUCAGGCCACAGACACCUUCAGAUCACCUUCAAGGGAGAACAGGAAUAAGCAGAAACAAAAGGUCAGGCAAUGAAAAGAUACAAGAAUGCAUGGCACGAGUAAUAACUGAGCUAAAGCAUCAGGAAAACAAAGACACGUUGUCUGGUAGAGCAAAGCCCUGAAUGGAAAUUGAAGCAGGAAACCAGACAAAGCUGAGUGAAGAUGUUAUGAAGUUGGGUGUAUCACAGCAGAAAUAUAUAUGGUAUCAUCUUUUAGUUGUCUUCCAACAGCUGGGCAAGCCACAGUACUCACUGAAGAAUCAGUGCAGAGGGGCUGUCAUGCAAUUGCUGGUUGCUCUGCAACAACUGUGAUGGUAAUCUGCAUCUCCAGCUGUGUGAGGAAUAAAGCAGGAUCACUGAAGCCUAGAUACUGUGGGACCUAGUUUAUCCCUAACCUUGGUCAGCUGCUUCCCAUCCUGUGCUACAAGGAAGUGCAAUAGGCCUUGGCUACUACUGCUUUUUGGUGCUGUUGGUAUCCCAAGUGAAUGCUUCUUGGGUUUUUCAGAAUUUUAGUGCACAGCUUACAGUGAUAGGACAAGCAGGCCACUUGUGAUAGUGAAAAUGUUAUGACAGGUUAGCAAGCAGAAAAAUUUGUCCUGGUAGUACCUGGUUUUACUUCCCUCAGUUCAGAUUCUGUCUUGCUCACUGCAUUUGUUGUGGUUUGAGAUAAAUCUGAAAAUGGACAAUGAAACUGAGGCUGCACCCAUUCCCUAUUAAAGGAGUGGCUCUGUCACAUGCUGUCAUGUUCAAAAACUGAAGUUGAUCUCUACCUUGGCAGUAGAGAUACAUCUAUGUUUCAGGCUUAAAGUGUUUCAUAUGCUUCAGUUUGCUUUAACUGAAGAGUCUUUUCUAAUAUUAUCUUGAGUUUCUACUAUCUGUCUUGAGGGGUGCUUCUGAAUUAAUGGCUGUUAUGGCCCCAGCAUGAUUACAGGGAACAGUUGAAUCUUCCAGGGUGGGAGCACAUUUACCUUUCCUGGUUUCUUUACAUGGUCAUUGGCUUUCUGAAAUAAACGGGAACACUGAACUGACCAUAGCAAUUGCCACAUAAAUGUAUGUAGUUUGAUGCAGUUCUCCAGUCUAAAUUGUAAAGAUACCCAAUGUGCUGAAUUGCUGAAUGCUAAUUCUUGUUUGUGAAGGCUCAAGUAUGACUUGUAUUAAAUGCUUUCUUAGAUAGCUGCUAAGAAAAAUCUCAAGACAAAUCCUAUCAGAUUUGUCUUGAUAACAGAAAAAAAAAAAAACCCAAGGCCACCUCUUGCAGCUCUUUUCUGUGGUAAUUCAUCAGGAUAUAUGGUUUAUAUGUGUUUCGUGUUCAAUAUGUAUUUAUUCCAAAAUAUUUUCUCAUUAUGUUCAUUUGGCAUACAUUGGAUAACUAUUCCACUCAUUUCUGAGAUUUUCUUCAAGUUUUGAGUUUGAAGUAACACUGGUAUUUCUUUCAUGUUAAAAUGCUGUAUUAACAGACAUCUGUUUAUAGAGCUUUUUAUACAAAACAGUCUGGAAGCCACUGAGUUGAGUUAGAGAGAAAUCUACAGCUAAUAAAUUAUCAUGACUCUGUUUAUAUCAGUGUGGUUUUGCAUCAGUGUAAGAACUGACCAGAAUAAUUCUUUUUUUUUCUGGGGGGGAGAAGGUACAGGAAAAGGGGUUAAUUCUUCUUGUAUCUAUAACUGAAGGAAAAAACAAAUGUAGCACCAAGGUGAAAGAAUCACAUUUCUUGGAGAAAAUUAUACUUCAAAUAUUUGAUUGUGCUUGUUUAGAAACCUCUAAGAACAUAUUUGAGCUUGCUUAAGAUUUUUUUUUCUGGCAAUACUUAGAGGCAAACUACCUUUAAAACAGAGGUAGCCUGGGAAUUUCUAAGUAAGAUUUUUGUGCAGUGUUGGGAACUGAGUGUCACCUUUUCUAGACAUCCCUUACCUGCUCAUUAUCAGUUCAUUUUCUGAGGUUCACGCAGUGCCCUUCUCCCACAUUUUUAUUCCUUCAUGUUCUUAGUAAAAAAUAUUUUUAUCUGGAAAAAUAACUGAAAUGCAUUCACUCAUGUGUCUUCAAAUGUAAACAGUGAAAACUGGCUUCUUUUAAUCCUUACAGAAAGUUUUAUAUUUUACCUAUAAUAUAAUGUUCUUCCUCAACUGAUACUCAAUGUUGAUUAAAUGCUUGUUCACCAGUCUGACCUGAUCCGUGAGCUUUCUUGCAUCUGACAUGAAAAUAAAAUGACA